AUGGACCUGAAGAUAGGUACCAGUGAUGCCAGAGAAGAGAAGGUUCCAGUGGAUCCGGGUGUGGUCCUGGUGCUCUGUCUCUCUCUCUCCUGUCUGCUUCUCCUCUCACUCUGGAAACAGAGCUCUGGGAAAGGGCAGCUCCCGACUGGCCCCACUCCUCUCCCAAUUCUUGGAAAUAUCCUACAGUUAGACGUUAAGGACAUCAGCAAAUCCUUAAUCAAUGUAACAAAUGUGUAUGGCCCUGUGUUCACUGGGUAUUUUGGCUUGAAGCCCACCAUAGUGUUGCAUGGUUACAAAGCAGUGAAAGAAGCCCUGAUUGAUCUGUGAGAAGAGUUUUCUGGAAGAGGCAGUCUCCCUGUGUCUCAAAGAGUUAAUAAAGGACAUGGAAUCCUCUUUAGCAAUGGAAAGAGAUGGAAGGAGAUCUGGCGCAUCUCCCUCAUGACACUGGAAUUCGGGGUGGGGAAGAAGAGCAUUGAGGACCGAGUUCAAGAGGAAACCCACUGCCUUGUGGAGGAGUUGAGAAAAACCAGUGGGUCACCCUGUGACCCCACUUUCAUCCUGGGCUGUGCUCCCUGCAAUGUGAUCUGCUCCAUUAUUUUCCAGAAUCGUUUUGAUUAUACAGAUCAGAAUUUUCUUAACUUGCUAGGAAACUUUAAUGAAAACCUCAGGAUUAUGCGCUCCCCAUGGAUCCAGGUCUGCAAUAAUUUCCCUGCUCUCAUGGACUAUCUCCCAGGGAGUCAUAACAAAGUACUUAAAAUGUUUGCUUAUGUAAAAAGCUAUGUUUGAGAAAUAAAAGAACACCAAGCAUCUCUGGACAUUAACAAUCCUCGGGACUUCAUUGAUUGUUUCCCGAUCAAAAUGGAACAGGAAAAGCACAAUCAACAGAUGGAGUUUACUUUUGAAAACUUGAUAGCCACUGUAACUGAUUUGUUUGGAGCUGGGACAGAGAAAACGAACACCACACUGAGAUAUGGGCUUCUCCUCCUGCUAAAGUGCCAAGAGGUCACAGGUAUGAGCAAGAUGAUUGAAGGUGGGGAUAAAGGGAGUGUCUCACUCUGCUGUAAUGCUGAUGUCACUCCCCUCACCGUUGACAAUUUUAUUAUUCCAGAAGGCACGACUAUAGUAACAUUGCUGAGUUCUGUGCUACAUGAUGACAGAGAAUUCCCCAACCCAGAGGUGUUUGACCCAGUCCACUUCCUGGACGAGAGUGGCAACUUUAAGAAGAGUGACUACUUCAUGGCUUUCUCAGCAGUCAACAUAGGUUUUGGCUGGAGAAAUCAUCGGGAUGCUUUCAAAAUAGCUGUCCUGCUGGAGGACGGGCAGAAUUGAGAAGCCAGAGUACAAGGCAAUUAGAAGAGAUUUGGUGGACACAUGGGAACAAGGGAAAAGAACAUGGUAUCUAGAAGUGAAGCAGAAAUCCAAGAUGUCUUGUUUUAAGAGUAAUCGUGACAGAAGAAAUAAAAUCAGAUGAACAUGGUAGGCAAGAAGGACAAGAAACAGGUCAAAUCUUAAAUUGCUCUUGGCAGGAAGUAACUCUAUCAAUGUAAACUAAAGGCUGGAGGAAAAGAGGAGUUCUUAGCCACAAGACACAGCUUGCACUGAGGACAGUAAUGCUGACAUCCUGUUUCAUUUUGUCGGGAAACAAAUUAGCCUUGGAGGCCACGGAAAACAGCCAUAGUGGUCACUUGACACUCCCAGUAUCUGGCCUCCACCGGAAGGGAGGCACCCUGUACGUAAGAUCCACUCCUAAGAAGUAAUACUGUCGUUGAACAAGAAAAGCAUCGGACAUUUGGCACAUUAUCUGAGGAAAGGGACUGGAGAAAGUUCUAAGAACGUAUAUUACCCAUUCAUCCCCCUCAGUCAAUAAACCCAGGUCACAGUUGUUACUGUAUUUGUAAAUGCAUCAAACUUGCUGUGGUUCAGAGAGCUUUCAUUUUAUCUUGAUUUGCCCAAAUUACAAAGUUUCAGCCACCUUGCCUUUUACAAACUUAGAAAGAGUUUAAAAUAAGGAUUAAUAGAAAGAGAAAGGAAGGAAGGAAGGAAAAGAUAGAAAGAA